GGGGGCUGCCGGGGGGGUGUGGGUGGGGGCGGGAUGGUGCUGGCUGCCCCGCCCGCUCCCCCCGCGGCUCUGCCCGCUCGCUGCCCGCUCCUCGCGCCGUGGGCCGGGCCGUGGCCGCGUUGCCAUUGGUCGGUGCAGCCGAGCGGCGCGGCCGCCGCUAUAACAGCGCGGAGCCGGGCGGCGGCUCACACGGCUCCGGGCGGCCGCUCCUCCUCCUCUUCCUCCUCCUCCUCGCAGCCUGCCUCCCCCGGCGCGGCUCCCCGGGGCUGCUCCCGGCCCCAUGGAGUGCUGCUACAUCGUCAUCAGCUCCGCGCACCUCAGCAACGGGCACUUUCGCAACAUCAAGGGAGUUUUCCGCGGCCCCCUCGGCAAGAACGGCAGCAAAACUCUGGAUUAUGCUGAAAAGAAAAACACGAUAGCAAAAGCUCUGGAAGAUCUUAAAGCCAACUUCUACUGCGGACUCUGUGACAAGCAGUACUAUAAACACCAGGAGUUUGACAAUCACAUUAACUCUUACGAUCAUGCUCACAAACAGAGACUGAAGGAACUGAAACAGAGGGAGUUUGCUCGGAAUGUAGCAUCUAAGUCACGAAAGGAUGAAAGGAAACAGGAGAAAGCCCUUCAACGUCUGCACAAGCUGGCUGAGCUGAGGAAAGAGACAGCGUGCGCUCCUGGAAGUGGCCCGAUGUUCAAAUCCACUACAGUGACGGUGCAAGACCAUUGCAAUGACAUCCCACAAAGUGCUGCCAUAGAUUCUGCCAGCAAACAGGAUUUCAGCUGCACCUUAAUGCAAGACGCGCAGAAUUGUAGAGACGUUGCUUCUGAUGUUUCUUCCAUUCCUGGAAAUGCAUGUAGUAAUAAAGGCGAUGCUAGCAAAUAUGGAGAUCAGGUUCAAGGAGCUCAAGGGCAUAGAGUUGGGUUCUCUUUUGCUUUUCCUAAGAAAGCAGCAGUCAAACUAGAGUCUUCAGCCGCCGUUUUCUAUGAAUAUAAUGACGAAACGUCUAUAGAGCAUGGAUUUAGCAGAAGAAGCAGGUUUGUUCCAGGAACGUGUACCCUUCCAUCUCCUUCAGCAGCAGAAAUAGUCCUGUGCCCUGAGGAGAAACAGAAUUGGUUUGAUCCACUGGUGGAAAAAUGCAUAGAUGCCGCAGAAGCUCCUGAAGCUCAGGACUCGAAAGAGCUGGCCAGUGAAGAAAGCAGGGUGCUAGAAAGUCCCAUAUUAGCUACUACUGCAUCCCAUUCAAAGCAGCUGGUGUCCUCUGAUGUGGAUGGUAUUGAUGUGAGUGCAGCAGACUUACUGGACCAAACGCUGCCCGCAGUUGUGGCCAGUGCUCAGGUCCAGCCCCUGGCCUGCAGCAGGAAUGAGCUGCCGGUGAACAGGGCUCUGGCACAGGCGGUUGUGGAGGAUUGUUUAUCUCCGCAGGAUGUCGCAGAGGAAAAUGAUAAAGACAGGAUCAGUGAUUCAUCCACAACUGAAACUGAAAUAAAAAAGCUGGGGGCUGAUGCAUUAGUUCCGUCACCAUCUGGAGAAGGCGGUAGUGGAGCCCCACAAAGCAAACCAGACAUGCGCAAGCGGCCUUGUGACCCCUUUGUUCCUGUUCUUAGCAAAUAUGGGACAAAUAUUCUUCAGUGGCCAUCAGAAAUGUUAAUUUACACGAGUACAGACCCAUCAAUUUCUUAUAGCUGUAAUCCUUUAUAUUUUGAUUUCAAGUCAUCCAGAGCCAAUGACAGCCAAGAAAAGCCCAAGCAUCAGCCAAACAUACCUCAUUUGCACCAUGAAACUGAAACCAACCAUAGCUUAGUCUUGGAUUUUACAAAUCAACCUACUUCAGAGUGUGGUGAUUAUGAAACAGAAACAAAUAAAAACGUGUGCAACUAUACAAUACCCCUUAUAAGUGAUGUUUCCCUCAUCAGAAAUUGUGAUCUUGCAAAAAACAAACAUAAAGUGUCCUUGGAUGAGUCAUUCAGGGUUAGAAAAAUAGAGAAGUAUCAUGUUUCCAAAAAUCACUUACGACAAAACACUGUGAUAGAUGAUAAAUACAACAAGGUCUGGAUCAAAGAAAGCCAUGAAAAAUGGCUUCACAAAAGUAGAAAACGGAAAAGGAGAAGAAAAUUAUGUCGUUGUCAUCAUCAUCAUCAUCACUGCGGGGACACAACAGCAGCAGAAAUGGAGAUGUCCUCAGUGACUGAAAAGGAAAUUAGUUACAGAGAUGAAAAUAAGUGCCAGCACCUCCAGAAUAAUCCAGAGAAGUGCAGACACAAUGUCGGGAGUAUCUGGCUAGCUGCUGGUGAGAUACAGCAAUCACAUCAAAAACUUGGCCUUGACAAUGGUCAUAAGAGAGUCCUAUCUGUGUCAGAUUAUGCACAUGGCGACAGAGGCUGGUGUGACAUUUGGAGUGCAAAAAGUAACUGCCAACACCGUGGUUGUAAGCAACUGUACAGAAGAGGCAAAGCAAGCAGUCGGAGACAGGCAAAGCAUUUGGCUCUGAGUUCCAUGAGGCACAGCUUGAGGUACUCCAAAACAUGUUGUGGCUGGAAAGUCAGGAGGUCAAGCUGUAGCCCAGAGCAUAAAUGUUUAGGAUACUGCAGUGAGGAGAAAACUCCAAGUCAAAACCUGUCCAUAAAGAGAGGUUACAGCAUUCUGACAGAGGAACCUGACAAAUCCCACCGCAAGCGGAGACAGCAUAGCUAUUCCUCUUCAUCAGAUGAAAGCUCAUAUGGACAAACAUUAUCAGCGGAGGAAUAUCUAAGGCAAGUGCAUACUGCAGGUACACAUCACAGGGCAAAAGGGAAACACAGGAGAAGGAAAACUAGAGUCCAUCAUGUAUUUCAUGAUAGGAACGCAAGAAGGGAGACCUCCAGACCUUCUGAAGAAAAUGCUGCAAAUUCUACGUUAAAUGUUUUGGGCGAUGUCUUGUCUCAAGAUGGUCUAGAGGAAACUAAUGUGGAUGCCAACAGUGAACAUGCAAAAGAUGCAGCUGAAUCAAUGCAGCUGGAGGAAAGCAAGUCACCUCUAGAAACAGAUUGUUCACACGUACUGGAAAACAACAAGCCGGCAUUGUGUGCAGCAGUGGAGAGCACUCAGAGUACGUUUUCCAACGUGGCUGCAAGUUCAGCUGCUUCUGCUCCUGAGCACAGUGCUCCAGCAGCUGCUGGCACGCAGGAUGUUCUGCAAGAUGACAAGAAAAAAGAAAAUGUCAGCAGUCGUGAGAAUCAAACCUGUUACAAAGCUCCCCUCCCUAACAGGCAUUUGGAACAAGCUCCUCCUAAAUCCUAUCUUUGCCAUUACGAACUGGCCGAGUCUCUCCCGCAUGAGAAAAUAAAUGAGGUGACGACUGAGUGGGUGCAGUGUAGUCCUGGCAUAUUUAGCAGCCCGCCGCCCUUGCCGUUCAAAGAAGCACAUGUGAACAGUCACACCUUCUUAACAGCCGAGCAGUUAAUAGCCCCCUUCACCCUGCCCGACCAGGCACUGAUAUUCCCUCCAGACAACCACGAAAAAUUCAAAGAUCUCCCAUCCGAAGCCUACCAGCAGAUUGUGCCACAGAACAUGCUGGCCAGCAAAGUGAAGCUCACCUUCCCUCCCCCGGCCAUCCAGCCCCCGAAUUCCCCGCUGCAGCCCUUACCUUUGCAGCCGCCGCUCUCUUCUACCUCCGUUACCACCAUCCACCACACCAUCCUCCAGCAGCAUGCCGCCGCCGCCAGCACGUUGAAGGUUCUCCAGCCCCAACAGCAGUUCCUCUCGCAGGUCCCAGCUCUUUCCAGAGCGCCUUUACCUCAUCUCCCGGUAGGACCGAGGCUUUGCCCGGGGGGCCAUGCAGCUUUCGUCGCCCCACCACAUUUGCCGCUGCUGCCGCCCUCGGUCCUGCACCCAACCCAGCUGGCAUUUCCCCCGCUGCCACACACCGUCUUCUCGUCCCUGCUGUCCCCGCACCCGGCUGUCAUUCCUCUGCAGCCCCUCUUUUAGGACAGGGUCUUGGGGUUGGAGGAAGGAGCCUUCAGCUCAAUGGCCAUCGCUGUUUCUGCAGUCCCCUUCGCUUUGCAAAGUGGUUCUGUGAAAUAAACUGGUUAAAACUUCUCGUUCCCUCCUUGGGAAGCAUUUCCUGUGAGUAUGAUGAUGCAAACAGUCGUGUUAAAUACAGACCUAUACUCUAACUAAAGCACUGAAUAGUCUGAUGCUAAUAUGAACUCUCUAUAUAUAUAAGUAAAAAUCAUGUCUUAGAAUAUGUAUAAUGUAUAUAAAAUAUAUUUAUAGUUCUAUAACUUAUGUUGUAAAGUAUUCACUUUUUGUUUUUUAUCUUUGUGUAUUUGCACCUAUUUAAUGUUUAGACAAAGCUGAUGCACUAUGUUUUGUACUAUGUUCUCUGAAACUGUAAAUCUAGUGACAAACUCUCUCUUGCAAUAAAUUUUUGUUAACUA